GUGGGCUGUGCCUGCAAAAGGGGUGGCCGCGGGUGCCCCGAGGGCUGCGGGCCCCGGGGGAGGACAUGGGCGACAAGUACGGCGGCCUGCGGCGGGCCCAGCUGCACCUGGAUUUCAUCCACGCCAACUCCACCACGCACAGUUUCCUUUUUGGAGCACUGGCUGAGUUGCUGGACAAUGCAAGAGAUGCAGGGGCUGCAAGACUUGAUGUGUUUUCAGUGGAUAAUGAAAAACUGCAGGGUGGAUUCAUGUUGUGCUUCCUGGAUGAUGGAUGUGGGAUGAGCCCUGAGGAGGCUUCAGAUAUCAUUUACUUUGGAACAUCCAAGAAACGUUCAUCAACCUUGAAGUUUAUUGGGCAAUAUGGUAAUGGUCUCAAAAGUGGAUCCAUGAGGAUCGGGAAGGACUUUAUUCUUUUCACAAAGAAGGAAGAAACGAUGACCUGUGUGUUUUUUUCUCAGACAUUCUGUGAAACAGAAGGUCUUAGUGAGGUUGUGGUUCCAAUACCUUCAUGGUUAACAAGAACCAGAGAAUCUGUCACAGAUGAUCCUCAAAACUUCUCAAUAGAAUUGUCUAUAAUUUUUAAGUACUCUCCAUUUAGAAAUGAAGCUGAACUGAUGCAGCAGUUUGAUGUGAUCUAUGGGAAAUGUGGUACUUUGCUGGUUAUUUAUAACUUGAAGCUCUUGCUUAGCGGAGAACCAGAGUUGGAUGUUAAGACGGACAAGGAAGAUAUACUGGUGGCUGGAGCCCUUGAGGAUUUUCCAGAGAGAUGGUCAUUCAGAGCCUACACAUCUGUUCUGUAUUUUGAACCUUGGAUGAGAAUAUUCAUUCAGGCCAAAAGAGUUAAAACAAAACACCUGUGCUAUUGCCUCUACAGACCCAGAAAGUAUCUAUAUGUCACAUCUUCUUUUAAAGAAGUAUUUAAAAAUGAAGUUAAAAAGGCAGAAGAGGCAGUAAAGAUUGCUAAUCUCGUAUUGAAAGAAGCACAAAUCACAGUAAACCAGCCUGACAGGACUUCUUUGUCUUCUGCCAAGGUUGCAUUACAGAAAGCUCUGGAAGACGUAGAAGCAAAGUAUAAGACUCUUAAAGAGAAACGGAGAGAACUAAGAAAAGCAAGGACACUCUGCUUGUUCUUUGGAGUGAACAUAGAGAAUCGAAGCCAAGCUGGGAUGUUCAUUUACAGUAAUAACCGCCUGAUCAAAAUGCAUGAGAAAGUGGGCCCACAGUUGAAACUGAAGUCCUUAUUUGGUGCAGGUGUGGUUGGAAUUGUUAAUAUACCCUUGGAGAUCAUGGAACCAUCCCAUAAUAAGCAGGAAUUUCUCAAUGUCCGGGAGUAUAAUCAUCUGCUAAGAGUGAUGGGGCAGUACUUGGUCCAGUACUGUAAGGACACCGGGAUGAGUAAUAGAAAUCUAACAUUGUUUUGGAAUGAAUUUGGAUACCAGCAUAACACAGACAUGGAGAAAUCUUUAGAUACUAUUCAAUAUCAAAGACGAAAAGCCCUGGCUAUCCCAUUCAUCAUUCAAUGUGAUCUUUGCCUUAAAUGGAGAGUCUUGCCUUCUUCUAUUCAUUAUCAGGAAAAAGAAUUUUUUGACCUCUGGAUUUGUGCUAAUAAUCCUAACCUCUUGGAAAACAGUUGUUGUCAAGCAGAACGCCUACCUUCCAUCCCUCUGGGCACCAUGAACACAGUGUCGCCAUCAAAAACUGAGAAAGAGAAACAACUUCAAGAGGUGGUGCAAAGGUACCACAGCCGACUGGCUGAACAGCAGCCACAGGAAAGUACGAAAACACAGAAAUUCAGGCCUUGGGGUGAUGACUUGAAUGAAGAGUCUCUUGCAUCCUUUGAGCUUUCUGUCAGCCACAGAGGCAGGAAGACAAACACAGAAGGGUUGGACUCUGAUGUGGAGUACGUUUUGGACACUAAAAUGAAGAGGUCUACACAGAAGAAAGUGAAGCCUCAACAACACAGACAUCCAGCAGCCCUGCCGGAAAACACCCGACUAGCCCAGAGGUCCCAGGUUUUAGGUAAAAGUGAUGCUGAUGUUUCAUUGAAACAAAAAAAGGAAGUUUCUCUUAUGAAAAGAGAAAAGCAGGAGCUGUGCAGUGAUAAUCCAGAAAUAAAGAGAAACUCUUCAUUACCUAACCGGGAAAGUGCACUGAUGGAAGAUUCAAGUCCAGGUUCUGGAUGCAACGCCAGCUUUUCUGUGAGUGGUGGUUGUAACGUCGCUUCUGUACUGACAAAGUCUUCCCAAGGCACAUCUAUCAAGGAAACAGUAAGAAAACUGUCGUCUAAAUUAAGGGAGUUUAUUCUGAAUUUUUUUCCUGAGUAUCAGCUACCAUCAGGAUUUGGCUACACAUCUGUGGAGGAUCUUGCAGCAAGUUUUGAGCUGGAGCAGUGCCCAGAGCAGAUAAACAAAAAGCUGAGAAUGUGCUUCAACCAGAUCCAGAAUGUUUACAUGGUCCAACAUGAAAGAGAACUAAAGAGAAAAAUUCAGUCCAUCACCUAUGAUGCAAAUAGAAGAGGAGUCGUUAAUGAAAUAUCUCUGAGACAAUGUGAAGAAAAAAGAAAAGUUACUGAAAAUAAACUGAAUAGUCUUCGGGAAAAACUGGCAGUUCUGUUGCAGAAAUUCCAGCUGGGUAGUCCGGCAGGAGACCUGGAGCAGAUUGACGGUUAUUUAGAAGCUUUGCUUAAAGAAGAUAAUCCCCUUUUUCGGAACGCUUUAAAUAAAGUGACUACAGAUGCAGGACAUAGUCUCCCUUUAGAAAAAAACUGAAAAUAGUUCUCAAAACUAAAAGUCAGAAAAGAUAUUUCCUUUUAAAAAUGCUAAUAAGAAAAAGGAAGAUUCUUUUCAAAACAUAUUUCGCCUUGUACUCGUUAUUGUACAGUUUGCUCUGUUAAAUUCUAAGAAAAUUGUGUAUUUUAGAAAUAGAGACUGAUUUACAAUGUACACAUUUGCAGUUCUGUUCCAGAACUCUGUUUUUUUCAGAAACUAGUUCUAGAGUUCUCCAGUUACCACGUGAGCAAUGAAGAAAGGGAAAUGUCAGUUAGGCCUAAUUUUUUUUUUUUUUCACUUAAAAGACUAUAAAAACUAGAAAACAGUGGUUUUUAAAAUCCAUGUACAAAGGACUACAGGAUCACCUCCUCUUAAAGCUUUCGUUGAAAAAGAAAGACCGUAUGUCCUUUCUCCGUGAUAGCCAAUACUCAGGAAAGCAGGAAAUAUAUAUCCUCAAAAACUGUAAGAUAUAACUUCUAUGAUAAUUCUAUUGUUGAAUGGUAGUAAAAGUACAAAUCUUCUAAGUAUCAUGUGAAUACAUAUUACAGAUAUGUAAGAAUUGCGUUUUUAUAUUUUCCUUAAUAACUGAUUAUUUUUAUUUGUUUAGAAAUGUCUACAAAUUUGGACAAAAGCAAUAAAACAUUUAAUGUUGUGGAAUUGUAUAAUUUUAAUUUUAUGUACAUACACACAGUAUAAAAUUCAGAACGUGUGAGAUGGGAUAUGGUGGAGAGUCUUCAUCCUAUUCUUUAAACACUUAACUACUCCUCUCCAAUGGUGUGCUUGUACCAGCUACUUGUGUCCAUCCAAAAACAGUGUACAAAAAACCGUAUAAGUCAUUAUACAGAUAUAAAUAUAGACAUGAUG